AUGGCGACCGCACCUGCGACAAAGAGCACCAGUGGAAAGGAGACAGGCAACUUAUUUCCUUCGAAAUCUCUUGUCUUUCUGAUUGGCUCUUCAAAAGGCUGUGGGCGUUCUGUAGCCCUCGAGGCGGAGAAGAAAUGGCGAGACGUCCAAGACCGCGCAGAACUGAAACUCGUCCUCAUCGGCAGAGAUGAACAUCUCAUGCAAGAAAAACUGGGGAGGCGGCAAAGAAGGAGCUCGAAACGGCGACCUACACCAUCCACAACGGCCUCCGUGAACUCUGUCUUUGCGCUGGGCGGAGAUGCACUUGACGUAGGCGUCGUGGACGACGCGUUCGAGAAGCGCGUCGACGACAUCUUCGCCUCGGAAUCCUUUGCGGACUUCGAUGCACUGUACGGAAACUUUUCCAUCGACGUCUGUGUCUUGUCUCAUCUGCAGGUCCACUUUAACACACAACUACAUGUAGAUACGCAGCCCACGUGCUACUUGCAGAAAGCGUCCAGCGCCGACAUUCGCCGGUCGAUCGACCUCAACUUUACCUUUUUUUCCAUCUUGAACUCCCGCUUUCUUCAUUGUCUCCUCGAGACGGUUGCAUACGGCAGGAAGCCCGGCGUCGUCCGCAUUCUCCAAAUCUCGUCCCUCGCAGGGGUACAGCCGUUCCCGUCCCUCCCGCUCUGUUGCGCCGUCAAGGCCGCCAGAGACAUGCUGAUGCGCGUGGUGGCGACGGAGAUAAAGGCGUGCGGAAACUUGCGGAUGUGUGAUUUGAAAACCCUCAACUGGGCUCCAGGCCACAGCGCGAGUUUGAUGUGGAAGCUUGUGGCAGCCGACACUUUUGAAUCGGGCGAUCAUGUCGACGUCUUCGACGUCAUCAAAUCCCUCUGA